CUGGUCAUUUGACUGUGGUGUGAUGAGUAUUUCAUUCGUUCGUAUGCUCGUUCGUUUGCCUUCGUUGGUACUCUACUCAACUGGCUGGCCGUAUGGCUGAUACAAUGACUUGCUAUAGGCUGGCUGGUACUAGCAACGACUUUAUACUAGCGAACUGGCGAACGAAACACUUGGUAUCUGGUAAAGGCAAGCAAGCAAGCAAAACCAAAAACCGAAGGCAAACUCAACUAAACUGCAUUGAAUAAAAUCUAAAGUGAACACGCAAGGCAAAACUACAAGGCAGCCAUAGCCAGUGGAAGUAUAGAAGAAAUAUUAAAUUUUAGUGCGUGAAUUCAAAACGAAAUUUCAGCGUUUUUUCCCACAGUGUCAGACUGCUUAUCUGGCUGCCAGAAGACGGUCAAGGGCUAUUCUGUUGAAUGGAUGAAUCGUCAACCUUGCGCAGUUUAGCAUUGAAAUUGCCAAUUUGCCCAAUUAGCUGUGCUAAUAACUUGUACUAAACGUCUCCAAAUUUGAACAAUCCCAACAAAUAUUCAAAAUAUGGCCGGUGAACGUCCAAAGCGUCCUCUGUCAGCUUAUAUGCUGUGGCUGAAUGAGAAUCGUGAACAGAUCAAGAAAGAUAAUCCCGGCAGCAAAGUCACAGAUAUUGCCAAACGUGGUGGUGAAUUAUGGCGUGGCAUGAAAGACAAAUCUGAAUGGGAACAGAAAGCAAUGAAAAUGAAGGAAGAGUACAACAAGGCCGUCAAAGAGUAUGAGGCCAACGGUGGCACAGACACCGGUGCUGCCAAGAAGCGGAAAGGCAAGCCCGCCGCGAAGCCCAUCAAGAAGACAAAGAAGAAAGAUACAUCCGAUGAAGAAGAAGAGGAUGAGAGUGACUAAGCGCUGGCGCGCUGACGAGUUACUGGCGUUUAGCGGAGUGACGAAAACUUAAACUAUAAGUUUUAAAUAUUUUAUUAAAGUAAUUUUAAGUGGCAUAUACAAAUGUAUGUAUACAUAUUUACGGAUGACAUUGAUGGGUAACUUUAGUUAUACAUACAUACAAAUACAUAUAUGCACUCAACAAAACAAAAACAAGAAAGAAAAUACAAAAAAAAAAUAUAUACAAAAAAUAAAAAAAAACUUUACUUAAAAAUAAAAUAGCCGUAAAAGUAAUACAAGUACAUAAAGUUUCCAGUUUUUAAAACGUUACAAAUACGACAAACCACAUAAGAGGAAAACAAAUAGCAAAACAAACAUUUUUGUAUUCCUUCCAACUGAAUUAAUUUUCUUAUUUUGAUUUUCCUUCAAAUGAUUUCCUAUAUAUUUUUUAGUAUGGUAUACUUUAAUUUUAUAUUGUAAAAUAUAAAUUAAUUAUGUAUUAGAAAAUCAUGCGAUUUUUCUUGCAUGUGCAUACAUUUAUAUGUAGUGAAAACUUGACAUUUUUAUGUGGUAGUCGAAAAACUCUUUUCGUAUUUUGUCAAUACAAGGUACGUUCCAAAGUAAACAGGAAAAGUUACAGCUGUUCAAAAAUGAGUGAAAAUAAUGCAGAAAUUUGCAAUAUUUUGAAAUUUUUGUAUAAAAAAGGGAAAAAUGCCACGCAAGCCACCAAUGAAAUUUGUGAAGCUUACAGAGGCGAUGCUGUAUGAGUUCGUGUAGCAUCGUGAAAGAUGCACCUCGCCCUGGUCGACCUAUCUUUGAAAAAGUCAAUGCGAUUCUUUGCUGAAACGAAUAAGACUUUUUCGAUUACCCUAUAUUUAUAUUUUAAAAAUAUAAAUUCUCUUAUCUACUGCUAACUAUAUACUACAAUGAUCGCUGUUUUCUGACUAAAUAUUUUUUUAUCUAGUUAAUAUUUAAAGAAAUUCUCUCCUUUCAUUUUUCACCACAUUUUACUGUAAGUUCGUUUUAGUUAUGUUUUGUAAAUUUACUUGAUGUAAUGUGAAACUUACAAAACCAGUAAUAAAAAACAAAAUGAAAUAAACAAAAUAUAUAUAAAAAAAUAA